AUGACUUGGUCUGUGAAGGGCGACUCAGGAUCCAGAUUCUGCUGCCUGUGUUCGAAUUGCUUCAGUCACACUGCUGGAGAAGAUGAUGAAGCUGUGAGCCAAGCAUGUCAUUUCACCAGGCAUGCACAGCUGGCCCAGCAUUCUUCAGAAGAAAUGCUGGCUAGCUGGGACAGGAUGGCAGCCAGAUUUGGCAAUUGCACAUCUGCUGAGUGGAAGAAAUGGCAGCAAGCCACUGGCGUCACAUAUUCGCCUGAAGCUUUGCUGGCAUGUGAUGAGCUGAGAUCCAUGCUGGUUCCAGCUAGGCAGUGGAUGCAUGAUUACAUGCAUGCUCUGCUUUCCAAUGGCUUGUUGUCAUAUGCAACUUUCUUCCUGAUGCAGGAGCUGGAUUGCUGGUCCACCUUUGCUGGUUAUGCCACAUUUUGGAACCUGCCCAAGCAAUUUGCUUCUGCGCCCAUCAGCAGCUUGUUUGAAAGCAAAAGGCACAGCAUGAAAACUUUUGUGCACACUGCUGCCUUGCAAGCCCCUUCCACACAAGCUUUCCUGGCCAUGUGUGCUUUGCUGGAGGUCCUGCAUGCUGGCUACAGUGGCAAAGUGACAGGUCACAUGGUCUUUGUGUUGGUGGAGGAUGCCUUGGAGAAAUGGAAAACUGCAGGCUGGCCAUUUAGGAAGAAAAACCAUUGGCUUCUCCAUUUUCACCAAAGCUUCGAAGACCAUGGACACCUCAUAGGGCGUUUUACCAUGGAGAGAAAGCGCAAGAUGAUAAACAGAAAGACCUCCCUGCUGCAGAACACCACUUCCUUUGAAUCCUCUGCCAUGGAAGAAAUUGUAAAUGGUGAGCUGCAGGCUUUGGCUGAAACAGACAAUUUGGAUGCUGGGAUCAAGUUGCUACAGCCAAAAAAUGCUGGAGCCAAAGACACGCAGCUUUCCAGCAUGGUCUGGCCUGCACCAUGGGCUUCUGUGCUGGCGGCUUCCUCUGCAAGGUGCCAGGAUGGCACAGUCGCUGCUGGUGAUGUGGCUUUGUUUUGCCAUGCAGGUCACAAAUGGGCAUGUGGCAAAGUCAAAAAACAUUUGCAAUGUGGUGUACAAUGCAGGACAGUGCUGGAGCUUUUUGCUUUGCUGGAAGACCAUGGCUCUUAUGCUGUUUGGACACAUGGGCCUGCAGAGGUUGCUGUGGAUUUGGAAAAUAUUUUCACCAGUGUCACCUAUGUCACGGCCAUCCGCCGCGUGCCGCAACCCGGCGCUGCGGCGGGAGCCGCAGUUCAAGCCUCCGAGGAUCUACAGCUGCGGCUGUGGGACACGCGCCAGGGUCUUCUGAAAGGGCCAGCAGCAGCUGUCCGCGCCGGCCCAAACCAGCUCAUUUGUUUGGAUGUGUCGCCGGACGGGAAUUAUGUGGCCUGCGGAUCGAAGGCCUGUUGCAUUGCACGAGAUCAUUGGAGAACAUGUCGUGCCGAACUGUUGUCGACGUCUUUUGACUGCACCCCCAAACCUAAAGCUUCGUGA